AUGAACCAGCCCUUCAACUGUUUCAACCCCUUCCUCUCCAUCUACCCACCUCUCCCUCCAGUAUUCAUACCCCCACUAAUACCACCCCCAUCAGCUUCCUUAUCAUCAAUAUCGACUGGUUCCAAUGGCUCUACUGCUUCUAGUACACCUAAAAUAAAGUCAGAGUCUCUGAAUUCCCCAACCAAAAGUGAUGAUAUGACAAAAGAGAACAAAGCUCAAAUGUUUUUAAUCGAGAAACUACUACAACUUAGUCAGACUGUCAGCCAACAUAGUCAACGGUCAACCCCGGAGAGUACUCCUUCACCUAGUGUCAUAUCACCGGCUCCGGCUUCAAUUGCUACAGUAAGUUAAAAAUUUUUAAAAAAGUUGUUUUACAGUAACUAUCGUUUUGUUGAACUAAAUGUAAAAUACGGUAUAUGGUCCUUUUUAAAAUUUUUUUAAUUUUUAAAAGUUAUAUUAUUGUAGAUUCUCCCGGUGCUUCGCCCGCUGCCCCAGCCUUCCGUCCCUUCUGUAGAAUACGUGAACGGUGGUUACGGAGUAAAGAAUCCGUUACUUCAAGCCGUCGGAACUUCCUCUCCACCCGUUGACACAACACCUGCACCAACGACAACACCCGGCAUAUUCAGAUGUCGCAUUUGUGGGAAAGUAAGUCUAUCUCUUACAGUAAGCUUAUCACUUAAUUAUUUUUUUAAAAUAAUUUAAAAAUUAACUUUCUAUGUUGUUCGUGCCCCAAUAAUCACACUUUUUCAUUUUUUAAAGCUUUUUGUAUACCUUAUAUUGACACUUUCAGGAAUUUCACCUCCAACGACUUCUGAAUCGUCAUUCGAAGUGUCAUUCCGAUCUAAAACGAUAUCUAUGCACCUUUUGUGGUAAAGGCUUCAAUGACACCUUUGAUUUGAAACGACAUACACGAACUCAUACUGGUAAGCCUAGAAGAUUCAUACUGUAACUUUUCGUACAAUUUUUCAAACUUUAAAAUUUAAACGUUCUCUUUUGGUUUUUUAUCCAAAUUUGCAUAUUUUAAGUGCCAUUUUUGGCAAUAUAUUUCUUUUUUUUUAUAUAAUAUACACAAAAGUACAAGAUAUAAAAAUUUAAAAUUUUUUUUUAAUUUUUCAAAACACUUGAUGCCUAUACCUUUAGGUGUUCGCCCCUACAAAUGUGAGAUGUGUGAGAAAUCGUUUACUCAGCGAUGUUCACUCGAAUCGCACACGCGCAAAGUUCACGGUAAAACCCACAACUACGGUUACAAAGAGCGACGGAGUAAAGUAAGUGGCGGUUAUGUCAUGUUAUUCUAUAUGGGUUACGGUAGCGUAUGAAGGAGAGAGGGGGGGGGGAGAGUGGAGAGGGCAGUUUUAAUUUACAGAGUUUAAAUUGAUAUUUUAAAGUAAAAUUGAUAAACAUCGUAAUACUAUACAGUAAGAUCAUAUAUUACCUUUACAAAAAUGGUAUCAUGUAAGUUACAAUAAUACCCCAUAUAUUACAGUAAUCAUUUCAGGUGUUCGUAUGUGAAGAUUGUGGCUUCACCGCCCCAUCAUACGACGAUUAUACCACCCAUUUACAAGCCAACCACCCCCUAAGUGCCGUACUGUUAAAACUCAACCAUUCCAAAUACAAGUCAGAGCGGUAG